GACGGACUUGGCCUGGAUUUCCCGAAUCUGCCAUACUACAUAGACGGAGAUGUGAAGCUGUCGCAGUCGCUGUCCAUCAUCCGCCAUCUGGGAAGGAAGCACGGCCUUUAUGGGCAGACGGAGGAGGAGCAGUGUCGACAGGACAUGGCCGAACAGCAACAUGUGGACUUGAAGAUGGCCAUGAUUCGUGCGGUCUACUUCCAAUUCGUCUGUGCACUUCGUGAUCUCCCC